AAAAAAAGGGAGUAAACGAGGGAGUGAAUGGGGCAUGGAAAUGAUGGUUGCAAAGUGGUCCUCUCUCUCUCCACCUUCUUUCCCUGCACCGAUAAUCUCGGCUCUUUCAUUUCUCUCUCUACACUUUCUUUCGCUAUCUGACUCACUCACUCCUUUGGCUUUCACUCCCACAUGCCACAACCUCCUGAUUCCUCUUAAUUCCAGGUUUGAUCAAGAUUUUUGAAGUCUAAUUUGCUGCUAAAUGAGUAUCUUAGCAACUGGUUCGCAUUUUGUGAACUUUAUAAGUAAGAGUUAAUGUGCCCCAGAUUCUUUUGGUGGACAAUGGCUUCUUGAUUUUCAUUGCUGGAGAAAUGAGAUUCUUGGUGGAGAAAACUUAUCUUUAGUGAUUGGUGAAAUAGAGUGCAUAACACAGCAGGCUUAAGAGCUUUCCAAAAUGGAUAGGUGCUGGUUUAAUAAGUUCAAGCCAAAGGAUAAAACACAGUCUUCAAAAAACAAGGAAACUAAAGGCAUUGCAAAAGAAGGGUCAAAGCCCCUAACAAAUGAAGAAGCACCUUCCAAUGUGACCAAACAGAAGGUUGCAGCUGCAAAGCAGUACAUAGAAAACCACUAUAAGAAACAGAUGAAGGACUUGGAGGAGAGACAGGAACGACGUAAUAUGCUAGAAAAAAAGUUGGCUGAUGCUGAAGUCUCUGAGGAAGAGCAGAACAAUUUGCUAAAAUAUUUUGAGAAAAAGGAGAGGGAAUACAUGCGCCUUAAGAGGCAUAAAAUGGGGGCUGAUGAUUUUGAGCCCCUAACUAUGAUAGGGAAGGGUGCAUUUGGGGAGGUCAGAGUCUGCCGAGAGAAAACAACUGGUCAUGUAUAUGCUAUGAAGAAACUUAAGAAAUCAGAGAUGCUUCGCAGAGGCCAGGUUGAACAUGUAAAAGCUGAGAGGAAUCUACUUGCAGAAGUUGACAGCAACUGCAUUGUAAAGCUUUAUUGUUCCUUUCAAGAUGAAGAGUAUUUAUAUCUCAUAAUGGAGUAUCUACCUGGUGGUGAUAUGAUGACGUUGCUCAUGCGAAAGGAUAUACUGACAGAAGAUGAGGCCAGGUUCUAUGUUGGGGAGACUGUCCUAGCUAUAGAGUCGAUUCAUAAACAUAAUUAUAUUCAUAGAGAUAUCAAGCCUGACAAUUUGCUGCUAGAUAGAAAUGGUCACAUGAAAUUAUCAGACUUUGGAUUAUGUAAACCACUGGACUGCAGUAAUCUUCAGGAAAAGGACUUCUCUAUUGGUAGCAACAGAAGUGGAGCCCUUCAGAGCGAUGGGCGUCCGGUGGCUCCUAAAAGAAGCCAACAGGAGCAACUGCAGCAUUGGCAGAAAAAUAGGCGAAUGCUUGCCUAUUCUACAGUCGGAACACCUGACUAUAUUGCCCCCGAAGUUCUUCUGAAGAAAGGAUAUGGCAUGGAAUGUGAUUGGUGGUCCUUGGGAGCGAUAAUGUAUGAAAUGUUAGUGGGGUAUCCGCCCUUUUAUUCAGAUGAACCAAUGUUGACUUGUAGAAAGAUAGUAAAUUGGAGAAGUUAUUUAAAAUUUCCAGAAGAAGUUAAACUUUCGGCAGAAGCAAAGGAUCUUAUUAGUAGACUCCUAUGUAAUGUGGACCAGAGGCUUGGAACCAAAGGGGCUGAUGAAAUAAAGGCUCACCCAUGGUUUAAAGGUAUUGAAUGGGACAAAUUGUACCAAAUGAAAGCUGCUUUUAUUCCUGAGGUUAAUGAUGAAUUAGAUACUCAAAAUUUUGAGAAGUUUGAAGAGGUUGACAACCAAACUCAACCUUCCUCAAAAUCAGGCCCAUGGAGAAAGAUGCUGUCAUCUAAAGAUGUCAACUUUGUCGGGUACACAUAUAAGAACUAUGAAAUCGUGAAUGAUGAUCAACUACCUGAAAUUGCCGAAUUGAAGAAGAGCACAAAACCUAAGCGGCCAUCUAUCAAGACCCUAUUUUAUGAUGAAUCGGCUACAACUGCUAAUCAACCUGCCCAAGGGAGCUUCUUAAAACUCUUACCUACUCAACCGGAAGUUCCUGAGAAGAGUGAAUCUCAAUGAUCCCAAAUAGUAACAUUUUACAGGACUCUUGCAUGGCCAUUGAGGUAUGACCAAAUGCUGAGUUGAAAACUGAUUGUUUUAGUCUUUCCCACAUUCUUUUGUUAGUUUGGCGUGGAUAGUUAUGGGAGCAAAGGCUCUGAAACUUUGUGGUUUUGGAUAGCUGGGUUUUGGGUUGACUGGGAUAUUUGUCUGUAGAAAAAGCUUUGAAGGUAUGUAUUCUUUACAUUUUUGGUUGGUGAUGUAUUCUUUUGUUCACCAUUUAUCAAGCUGCAAUGUGUUGAAAAUCCAAGUUAAUUCUUGUAAUUAAGUUACUGCUGAAGUGCUGACAAGGAUGUGCAAUUCUCACAUUCUUUUACUAUCAUGUAGAGAUUCAUUAGUUUGUAAGGUUACAUUUUUUCUUUCUUCUCUCA